UUUUUUUUUUUCUACACACUCUCUUUUCCUCUCUCCUUCGUAUAAUACUAUAUUAGUACCAUUACCCAUCUCCCUUUCACCACCAAACCUCUGCACAUCCUCUCUACUCUCUCUCACUCACAAGCAAAAAAAAUGUCAGGCAACCAUUACUCGAGGGACAUCCACCACAACACUCCCUCGUUGCACCAUCACCAAAACGACGCCGUUGUUGAUAGAGAGUAUUUGUUCGAGAAAUCACUAACACCAAGCGACGUCGGAAAGCUAAAUCGUUUAGUCAUACCGAAACAACACGCCGAGAAACACUUCCCUCUCAAUAAUGCCGCCGAUGACGUGGCGGCGGCCGAGACGACGGAGAAAGGGAUGCUUCUGACCUUCGAGGACGAGUCAGGCAAGUGUUGGAAAUUCAGAUACUCGUAUUGGAACAGUAGCCAAAGCUACGUGUUGACCAAAGGAUGGAGCAGGUACGUGAAAGACAAGCAGCUCCACGCAGGGGACGUUGUUUUCUUUCAGCGCCACCGUUUUGAUCUACAUAGAGUCUUCAUUGGUUGGCGAAAACGCGGCGAGGUUUCUUCCCCUUCCGCCAUCUCCGUCGUCUCUCAAGAUGCUCGAGUUAACACGACGGCGUACUGGAGCAACGGCUUGACUACACCAUACCGUCAAGUACACGCGUCAACUAGUUCUUACCCUAACAUUCACCAAGAGUAUUCACACUAUGACGCGCGCGUGUCGCGACGGUGGAAAAUUGUAGGCGCCGUCGCUGAGACACCGACGGUGGUUACAGGGAGCUCGAGGACGGUGAGGCUAUUUGGAGUUAACCUGGAAUGUCACGGCGACGUUGUCGAGCCACCACCGUGUCCCGACGGCUACAAUGGCCAACACUUUUACUAUUACUCAACUCCUCAUCCAAUGAAUAUCUCAUUUGCUGGGGAAGCAAUGGAACAGGUAGGAGAUAGACGAGGUUGACGAUAUCCGAAACGAAUGGACAAUCUUUUAGAUUUUGACUUUAGAUUAUGAGUCCAUACUUGGCCCAGUUGUCAUAGACAAACACCAAAAAGGAGGACAAUUAAUAUCAGUAUAACUUUAUUAUUAUGUACUUAGUUAUUUACUAUUUAACCAAUUUGAAAACAAAAAUAAAAAAAGAGUAGAAUUUUCUUUUUCAACAUUUGAGCCAGAGAGUUAAAAAUGUGUAUUAUUUGAUGCCUGAGAAUCUGAGAUAACUUCAAUGAAACUCGCAAAAAGGUCAUUUGAGAGCUUGUAUCAUGUAUACGUGCAUGUAUAUGAAUCAAUGACGAUGAAAGAUGAUUUGGGAAAUGUUGUGAUUCAUGUGAUGAGAUUACAUGAAGAAAAAACUGUGGCCCUAACACAUAAUUAAAGAAGAGGGCAUAGCAUGUGUGUAAAAAUGUAUGUUAUGUUACAACUUACAACGCCUUCUCUAUCUGGUCCAAAGCAAAACCUAAGGACCAUUUUAUUCUAUAUUACUCUUCUUUUGAUUCUCUUUGUUUUUUUCUUUU